CGGCAGCGGGAGCCGGCUUCCGGCCCGGGCUGCUGAUCAUUCAUCCAAGAUGGCGGAGCCGCGGGACAAGGCGCUGCAGGACUACCGCAAGAAGCUGCUGGAGCACAAGGAGAUCGACGGGCGCCUCAAGGAGCUGAGGGAACAACUGAAAGAGCUUACCAAGCAGUAUGAGAAAUCUGAAAAUGAUCUCAAGGCCCUGCAAAGUGUUGGACAGAUUGUUGGUGAGGUUCUAAAACAGUUAACGGAGGAGAAAUUCAUUGUCAAAGCAACGAAUGGACCAAGAUAUGUUGUUGGCUGUCGGCGGCAGCUCGAUAAAAGUAAACUGAAGCCUGGGACAAGAGUUGCCUUAGAUAUGACCACUCUAACUAUUAUGAGAUAUUUGCCGAGAGAAGUUGAUCCGCUGGUGUACAACAUGUCUCACGAAGAUCCUGGUGAUGUCUCCUAUUCUGAGAUUGGUGGGCUGUCGGAACAAAUUAGGGAACUCAGAGAGGUGAUAGAGCUGCCCCUGACAAACCCAGAACUGUUCCAGCGCGUGGGGAUCAUUCCUCCCAAAGGCUGCUUGCUGUAUGGCCCUCCAGGCACAGGGAAAACUCUCCUGGCCAGAGCUGUUGCCAGUCAGUUGGACUGCAAUUUCUUAAAGGUUGUGUCUAGUUCCAUUGUGGACAAAUACAUUGGGGAAAGUGCUCGGCUGAUCAGAGAAAUGUUCAACUAUGCUCGGGAUCACCAGCCCUGCAUCAUCUUCAUGGAUGAAAUUGAUGCUAUUGGUGGGCGCCGGUUUUCAGAGGGAACGUCAGCUGACAGGGAAAUUCAAAGGACUUUAAUGGAGUUAUUGAAUCAAAUGGAUGGAUUUGACACUCUGCACAGAGUUAAAAUGAUCAUGGCUACAAAUAGACCAGAUACUCUGGAUCCGGCCCUUUUGCGUCCUGGGCGGCUGGACAGGAAAAUCCAUAUUGAUUUGCCAAAUGAACAAGCCAGGUUAGACAUCCUGAAGAUCCAUGCUGGGCCUAUAACCAAACAUGGAGAAAUUGAUUAUGAAGCAAUUGUGAAGCUUUCUGAUGGCUUUAAUGGUGCGGAUCUGAGAAAUGUCUGUACUGAAGCAGGCAUGUUUGCCAUCCGUGCCGACCACGACUUCGUGGUCCAGGAAGACUUCAUGAAGGCCGUGAGGAAAGUGGCCGAUUCCAAGAAGCUGGAGUCGAAGCUGGACUACAAGCCCGUCUGAAUGUAUAUCCGUGCCGCGACAUGGCCGACUUGCAUGGAGGACGUGGGCUUGACGGGUGAAGGGAGAAGCAAAAGUCCCCCUUGGUUGUGUUCGUAUUGCAAGUCCUUAUGUUGUGCCGGCCGCUCGGUGUCCGUGCUAUGUCUCCUUUAUAGCAGAGCGCAUGGCACUUGGAUGACAGCGCGGCCUGUGUUAGUCUCCUGGUUGAGUGCAGAAUAAAAUAUGUUCUCACACGGAGAAUCUCUCUACGAGGCUCGUUUCAUUCAACAGAUCCUAUGAAAGUGUGCGCCUGAUUUUAUAUAUAAGUGUAUUUUGCCCCUUCCCUCAAACAGUUGAAUAAAACUUGUUGAAACCCA